AUGGAGGCGUUAAUCGUGGAGGCCAUUGUCCGUCCCUUUGCUGAUAAGAUCAUUGAAGAAUUGAGGACUAAAAUUUCCCGCCAAUUUAAGUACCUGUAUCGCUACGAUAAGAUCAUUGAAGAAUUGAGGACUAAAGUGCGAGAUCUCGAAAAGCAGAGAAAUGACGUGGAAGAAGCAAAAAAAUAUGCGUUAGUUAUUAUACCAGAGGUGGAGGUGGAUGUAUGGCCGAAAAAUGUUGAUGAUUUAAAGAAAAAGGUUGAUGAAGUUUUGCACAGAACAACAAAUUCUGAAAUUCGAUGCCAAUGCCUUGGGUGUCCAAAUAUCUUCACCCGUUACUCGCUGAGCAAGGAUGCCACAAAGAUGAUUACUGAAAUUGAUGAGCUCGUAAAAGUUAAAUUUGAAAUGGUGGGCAAGCGUGCACACCAUGGCUCUGAGGAUUUGAAGACAAGGGUAUCAACUAAGAAGAAAAUCAUAAGAGCUCUGGAGGACACUGAUAACAGCAUAGUUGGGAUAUGUGGCCUGCCUGGGGUAGGUAAGACGACAAUGGCAAAGGAAGUAGAGACUCAAGUACGCAAAGAUAAAUUAUUUGAUGAGGUUGCAUGGGUAACUGUUUCUAAGGAUACAGAGAUAAAAAUUAUUCAGGAAAAACUUGCUGAAGCGCUCGGUUUGAAAAUUGAACAAAAGACAAAUGAAGUUGAAAGAGCUUCACGACUUAAUGAAGAACUUUUCAAAAAAAGGAAAAAGAGAAUUCUAGUAAUAUUCGAUGAUGUAUGGACAGGCAUUGAUUUGGAAAAUUUAGGAUUUUCUUCAUCAAGUCAUCGUGAGGGGUUGAAAAUUCUAUUGACAUCACGCUUUGAAGAAGUCUGCAGAGGGAUGGGAGCUCUGACGAACAUUAAAGUUGAAGUUUUGGAUAGCGAUGAAGCUUUUGCAUUUUUUAAAAACAUUUCAAAGAUUUCUAAUGAUGAUACUCAACUGUUGGCCAUAGCAAAACAAGUUGCAGAAGAGUGUAAAGGUUUACCUCUUGCACUUGAGGUUGUUGGCAAAACACUAAUAAACAGUGGACUAUAUGCAUGGAAGGAUGCACUUUAUCAACUACGGAAUUCUCGACUUGAAGAUAAGGUAUACUCAAGUAUAGAGUGGAGCUACAAAUAUUUGAAAAGUGAUGAACACAGGUCCUUGCUUUUGCUAUGCUCUCUUUUCCCUGAAGAUGAUAGCAUUCCAAUUGAAAGAUUGGUUAGAUAUGCAUGGGGGCUAAAACUGUUUAAAAGUACUAAGAAAUUAUCUCAGACCAGAGAUCGGGCACGUACAAUCUCUGAUAAUCUAAAAAGUUGUCAUUUGUUACUACCAGGUGAUGAGGAGGAGGAGGUCAUAUUGCAUGAUGUUAUCAGAGAUUUUUGCUUAUCGAUUGCAUCUAAAGGUGAACAUUGGUAUACGGUGAAACAUGAUUUAGUGACAGAGUGGCCAGAACAUGAUGCCGAUGAAUAUGAAUCCUACAGUGCCAUCUUUCUAACAUUUCAAGGGGCGAUUAGGCUGCCCAGCAGGUUUCGGUGUGGGAACCUCAAGUUAUUACGGAUGCAAUCUCUUUGGGGAGCAGGAGUAGUUAACAUACCCGAAAAUUUUUUUGACGAUAUGCAGGAACUUAUAGUUAUUGAUAUCGAUGGACUUCUAAUUCGAUCACCAAUCCAACUGUCAAAGGGUCUUCGAACUUUGCACUUGGACUACUGUGUUUUAGGGAUUGGAAUGUCAUUCUUUGGAAGUCUAAAGAAUUUGGAAAUUCUCACAUUGUUGGGUUCUGUUCUCUCUGUUGAUUUUUCCCGUGACGAAGUGGUAGAACAUAGCAACAUAAAGUUACUGGAUUUGAGGUUUUCAAAAGGUCCAUGUCCACUUCCCCCUGGUUUUUUGUUGGGUAUGAAGAAACUAGAAGAGUUGUACUUGGGAGAUUACUUCAACAUAAAUGGAGAAAAAGAGCACAUUAUCCAAGAGGUAAGUUCAUUGAAGGCUCUCAACAAUCUUCAGAUUAACACAGAUGAUACUCGGUUUCUGAUGCAAUUAUUUCAAGGGUGCUCCGAGGAGGUGGAAAAUUUUCAAAUCAACCAAGAUCGCCAAUUUCUUCGUGAAUAUUCCGUAGGUAAUUUCCUAUAUUCUCCUGAACAUUCCCGAAGGGACUUGGCUCUCGACAAUAUUGACCCAAACAUGCUUUCGGAACCUGGAAUGAAGUCAUUAAUGAGAAAAAGUGAACAACUUUCUCUGUCGGUGAAAGGCUGGAAUAAUCCUGUCAUUGAGUUAGCUGAAGAUGGUUUCAUUAACUUGAAGAGUCUGAAGCUAAACCUUUUGGAUUCCGAGUAUCUUAUUGAUAAUGCAGGAUCCAUUCCAAGUGACAUCUUCCGCAAUUUGGAAUCUCUGAGUUUGACCCGAAUGAGCAGGCUGAAAGAGAUGUGCAAUGCAAAUUUUCCAAGGAUGGAACAUGUGACGAGGGGUGUCUCGGAAGGACUGUUCUGUAACCUCAAGAAUUUUAACGCAAGAGAUUGUGAUAAAAUGAAAAGAAUGUUUUCUCAGUCUGUUGCAAAAGGCAUGGUUAAUCUCGAAGAACUAACCAUACGUUUAUGUCCGUCGUUAGAAGUUGUUUCAGUGGAGACACACGAAAGUGAAAUUACCGAACCGCUUUCGUUCCCAAAGCUGAAAGUAGUCAGGCUUGAAGAUUUGAAGAGUUUUGUAAGCUUCAGAUCUCAACCAAAUGCAGUUGGUCUUCGUCAAACAUUGCUCAACCAGGUUACACUGCCCAAGGUGAAAGAGUUGUAUAUUCGCAGGUUGGGUAGCAUAGAAAAGAUACUAAGCAUGGAGGAAACGCCAUCCGGAUCUCUAAAUAGAUUACAGUUCAUGGUAGUGGACAAUUGUGAUAAGCUGGUCAACAUUGCACAAUCCAAUUCUAUUAAACUAUUGAAAAAUCUUGAAACUCUUCAAGUAAAGGGCGGUAGGGCACUAAAUGUAAUAUUUGACUUUGAGGGUCUAAACGUUAACAACGACAAUGAAGAAGAAAUUAGUAUACUUGGUCAACUAGGAGGAUUGGAAUUGUAUAGAGGAGAUUGCUUGGUGCACAUUACGAGGAUGGUUCCUAAAGGAAUCCGUGUCUUCCAGAAUCUGCAACAGCUUGAAGUUAAAAAUUGUGGCAGGUUGAGGUACUUAUUCCCGUCUUCUAUGAUUAACUCGUUUGUGUGUUUAGAAACUCUAGCCGUCUGUUGUGGCGAAAUUGAAGAAAUCUUUGGAAGAGAAGAAGGAGAAGGAGAAGGAGGAAUGGCUAGCAAUAUUGCGUUCCGUAAAUUGAGGAGAUUAGUACUAACGGAUUUGAAGAGUUUUGUAAUCUUCAGAUCUCAACCAAAUGCAGUUGGUCUUCGUCAAACAUUGCUCAACCAGGUUACACUGCCCAACGUGAGCGAGUUGUAUAUUCGCAGGUUGGGUAGCAUAGAAAAGAUACUAAGCAUGGAGGAAACGCCAUCCGGAUCUCUAAAUAGAUUACGGUUCAUGUUAGUGGACAAUUGUGAUAAGCUGGUCAACAUUGCACAAUCCAAUUCUAUUAAACUAUUGAAAAAUCUUCUAAUUCUUAAAGUAAUGGGUGGUAGGGCACUAAAUGUAAUAUUUGACUUUGAGGGUCUAAACGUUAACAACGACAAUGAAGAAGAAAUUAGUAUACUUGGUCAACUAGGAGGAUUGGAAUUGUAUAGAGGAGAUUGCUUGGUGCACAUUACGAGGAUGGUUCCUAAAGGAAUACGUGUCUUCCAGAAUCUGAAACUGCUUACAGUUGUAACUUGUGACAAGUUGAGGUACUUAUUCCCGGCUUCUAUGAUUAGCUCGUUUGUAUGUUUAAAAACUCUAUCCGUCCGUUCUUGUGGCGAAAUUGAAGAAAUCUUUGGAAGAGAAGAAGAAGAAGAAGGAGGAAUGGCUAGCAAAAUUGUGUUCCCCGAAUUGAAGAGUAUAGAACUAAUCGGUCUUCCAAGAUUCAAAAUGUUUUGCUCUCAUACCUAUGAACUUGUGUUCCCUUCACUUGAUCUAUUGAAAAUUCAAGAUUGCCCUGUGAUGACAAAAUUUUGUUCGGGACAGCUAAAUGCGCCAAAGCUUAAGGGAGUACAGACAGAAAACGACGAAGUAUUGACAUUUCCAAUUUCCCUAGAUUGUAAUGCAGGUUCCGUCCACAAUUCACCUUCAAGUAGCGAUUGUGAAUAA